CUUGACCCCGGUCUGAACCGGAUGCUGAUGCGGAUCUUCUUUAAAAGUUGAGACACGUCUAAGCUCCUCUGCUGGUCUCUGUGGGAUUACUGGGAGAACUACUGGUGAUGGGGCCCCGGGUCCCCGCGGUGCCGCUGCUGCUCCUCGCUGCUCUGCUGCUGCUGGUGUGUUCGCUGAGCCAGGAUUACUACGAGCUGCUGAAGGUCAGCAGAGACGCCACAACCAGGGAGAUCCGACAGGCCUUCAAGAAGCUGGCGCUCACCAUGCACCCCGACAAAAACCCUGGCGACUCUGAGGCCCACGACAGGUUUCUGCAGGUGAACCGAGCCUACGAGGUUCUGAAGGACGCAGAACUGCGGAAAAAAUACGAUAAAUACGGAGAGAAGGGAUUGGACGAGCAGCAGCAGCACGGAGGUGGCUACGAGAGCUGGAACUUCUACAGAUACGACUUUGGUAUCUACGAUGAUGAUCUGGAGGUCAUCACGUUGGACAGCGGAGACUUUGAGGCGGCGGUGAAUUCUGGAGAAAUCUGGUUCAUCAACUUCUAUUUCCCACGAUGUUCACACUGUCACGAGCUGGCUCCUACGUGGAGGGAGUUUGCCAAAGAGAUGGACGGAGUGAUGAGGAUCGGAGCGGUGAACUGUGGAGACAACAACCACCUGUGCCGGAGCAAAGGCAUCAACAGCUACCCCAGUCUGUACGUUUACAAAGCGGGACAGAGACCAGAGAAGUUCAAUGGAGAGCGAUCUAAAGACAGCCUGGUCCGAUUCUCCAUGAAGUUCAUCACCACCUCCGUCACCGAGCUGUGGCAAGGUAACGUGUUCAGUGAGAUAGAGACGGCGUACUCCUCAGGAAUUGGCUGGCUCAUCACUUUCUGCUCAGACACUGGAGACUGCCUGGAGCCCAGAACACGGCAGAAGGUGGCAGGGAUGUUGGAUGGUCUAGUUAAGGUGGGAUGGAUGGACUGCACGUCUCAACAACACCUCUGUGACAGUUUCCAGGUGACGAGCGGAGCGACGGCUUUGUUCCCACCUGGCAGCUCUCUGGAUCAGCAGGGCAGCGUACUGUGGUUGAACACGUUGGACAGCAGAGAGAUUUACAACCAGGUCAUCAACCACCUGCCGGACCUGGAGCUGCUGACCGGAGACAGCUUCCAGAGGAAGCUGGCCCACCAUCGCUGGUUGGUGAGCUUCACGUUCGGAGAGAAAAGCCCUGCCUCCAACGAGUACAAGAAGCUGCAGGCUUUCCUCCGGGGGGACCACAUACAGGUGGGCAGGGUGGACUGUAUGUCAGACCUGAAGUUGUGUCAGUCUCUCUACAUCCACAAACCCUGUGUGGCCGUCUUCAAAGGAAUGGGGAUCUACGACUUUGAGAUCCACCACGGUAAAGACGUGCUGUACAACAUCGUGGGUUUUGCGCGGGACAGCGUUCGUGCUCACGUGAACACCCUGAGGCCGGACAACUUCCCCUCAGAGAAGGACAGGAAGGAGCCCUGGCUGGUGGACUUCUUUGCUCCGUGGUGUCCUCCGUGCCGAGCCUUGCUUCCUGAGCUGAGGAAAGCUUCCAUCCAGCUGGCCGGUCAGAUGAAGUUCGGCACUCUGGACUGCACCAUCCACCAGAACCUCUGCUCCAUGUAUAACAUCCAGGCGUACCCCACCACGGUGAUCUUUAACGGUUCCUCUGUUCAUGAGUACGAAGGACAGCAUUCAGCCGACGGCAUCCUGGAGUUCAUACAGGAUCUGGUGAGUCCGUCUGUGGUGGUUCUGGAUCCGGACAGCUUCAACGAGAGAGUGAAAGGUCGAGCGGAGGGGCAGCUCUGGGCGGUGGAUUUCUACGCUCCGUGGUGCGGACCCUGUCAGGCUCUGAUCCCGGAGUGGAGACGUAUGGCCAGGAUGCUCUCUGGUCAGAUCCAGGUGGGCUCGAUGGACUGUAAACGUUUCCAGUCGUUCUGUCAGACUCAGGGAGUGAGAGCGUACCCCGAGAUCCGCCUGUACCUCGGAAACACCCGCAACGCAGACCGCUACACGAGUUAUAAUGGCUGGCACAGAGACGCACACUCACUGAGAUCCUGGGUUCUGAGCUCUCUCCCCCGGGUGUCGGUGGACCUGACCCCGGACUCCUUCAGGUCUCAGGUGCUGUCGGGUCACGAUCACUGGGUUCUGGAUUUCUACGCCCCGUGGUGCGGACCCUGCCAGCACUUCGCUCCAGAGUUUGAGAUCCUGGCUCGGACUCUUAAAGGGAGGGUCCGAGCGGGGAAGGUGGACUGUCAGGCUCACCAUCAAACCUGUCAAUCAGCCGGGAUCACAGCUUAUCCAACCGUCAGAUUCUACCCGUACCAGGGGACACGGAGGCAUGAACACAGCGGAGAGUACAUCAAUAGCCGCGAUGCUAACGUGAUCGAUGACAUCAUCACACAGCGACUACAGAAGCUGGCGCCACGGUUACAAAACAAACACAAGGACGAGCUCUGAUGACAGCGACAGAGGAGGGACAGCGGGUGGUUUGAUUGGUCGAGCACAAUGACUAAUCAGGGAACACUCUUUAAGAAGACCUCAGCUAUAACACACACACACACACACACACACACACACACACACACGGACGGACUGUUUCCUGCUGUGUUGAAUGUAAUGAACACUUUUUUGCCUUUUGUUUUUAUUUUGUCUCCAUUGUUUGUAUUUACUCUAUGAGGUAAAACUGGAGGACACUGUAUACUGGACAUGUUACUGACACACACACACACACACACACACACACACACACACACACACACACACACUCCUGUUGGCGUAGCGUUGUAUUUUAUUGCUCAUGAAUAAAAUGGUGUUUCUGUGAAAAUAUUAAAACAGUCACAUCAGUUUUACACCCUUUA